UGCUGCCAAUCAGUGCCACCUAUCAGUGCUGCCAAUCAGUGCCACCUAUCAGUGCUGCCAAUCAGUGCCGCCUAUCACUGCACGUCAGUGCUGCCUAUCAGUGCACGUCAUCAGUGCUGCCUAUCAGUGCGCGUCAGUGCCGCCUAUCAGUGCCCGUCAGUGCUGCAUAUCAGUGCCCAUCAGUGCUGCCUAUCAGUGCUGCCUAACAGUGCCAGCCAGUGCCACCUAAUAGUGCCAGUCAGUGCCGCCUAGCAGUGCCAGUUAGUG